AUGACGGUGAAACUUACUUCACUUCCAAAAAAUUUUCAAUUACCAAAAUCAGUUGCCAUUCUGACAUGUAAUUUAUUUGCAUUUAUAUUUGUUGCAGGAUUAUACUUAUCAAAGAAAACCAGAAUUGGUGACAGACAGAAUCAUCUGUUGACAAAGGAUCAUCCAAGAGUAAUUUUAGAACGUGUAAUUAGUGUAGUUAUAACAUGUUUCAUCUCUGUGAUAAUAAUAUGGAGGUUAAUACUAAACUAUGAAGGAUUUAGUGAAAUGGAGGCACCAUUUACAGAAGAAUUUGUUUUUAGAAGUUGUAUGGUUACACUUUUAGCUUUAGCUGAUCUAUCUCAUGCAAAAAUUGUAUUUCUUACACCUUUUAUAUUUGGAAUGGCACAUUUACAUCAUGCAUGGGAAUAUUAUGUUAACCAUGGAAGAACUAAACAGGCUGCAAAAAUAGGACUUUUUACAUCAAUAUUUCAGUUUAUUUUCACAUCAAUAUUUGGAUGGUAUGCAGUUUUUUUAUUUAUGAGAACAGGAAGUUUUUUGCCGCCAUUUUUAUCACAUUGUUUUGGAAACAUAAUGGGAUUUCCAAAUGUUAAUCUAUCAAAUUAUCCUAAAACAAAAAAAAUUUUUAUAAUUGCAGCAUUUAUAUUAGGAAUGCUUAGUUUUGGAAUAUUAUUAUUUCCAUUCACUAAUCCAAAAUUAUAUGGGGAAGAUUCUUUAUAUUGGGAAAAUUAA